CGAAACACGGAAAUAACGCGUAAACAUAAAAUUCCACAAGAAGUCACGAUUGAUUCGAAAUGAGGACCAAAUCGGACUCGGAAGUAGUAAAAAUGAGUUUGUGAGGCUACAAAAUUCUAGAAUAUAACGCGGCAUAUGCCCGUCUUUGGCAGCCUUCCUUGAAAAUUACGUAAUGAGUACGAUUUCACAACAGAGCAGCUACUAGAAAAUUCCUCAAGAAAGGAACAAAUUCGAAGGCUAGAACACAAGAAAUUUCUGCAAUAUAAAUCAGGGCAUUAGCCAUACAAUUUGUUCUUGUGAAAAUCCAUCAAAGAGAAAGCUUUAAUCAAAUCCCCAAAUUGAGAAUGGCAGGGCAACCAAGGCAUGUAGAUGUAGAUCUCACAGUCAUCUCUGCAAAAGAUCUCAAAAAUGUGAACUGGCGAUACGGCGAUCUGCGUCCCUAUGCCGUAGCCUGGGUUGAUCCAGAAAAGAAGGUUUCGACUCAGGUCGAUCCAGAGGGCGACACGAAACCCUUAUGGAACGAGAAGCUCACCAUUCCUGUCACAGGGCCGCUGGAGGAUGCCGAGCUGACGAUCGAUAUUGUUCAUGAAAAGCCCUCUGAGCUGACAAAACCCUUAGUUGGAACCGCCAAGGUUCGACUCUCAGAAAUCCUGGACGAAGUGGGGUUCGACCAGAGGCAAGAACGGACCCUCAAGUUGAAGCGCCCGUCUGGCCGCCCGCAGGGUAAGCUCGAGAUCGCGAUCUGUGUGAGGGAAAAGCGAUGGCCCCAGCAGGACUACCCUUACCCGCAGCCCUAUGGCACAAGGGACUAUGCCCCUUCCCCUGCCCCUUAUUCAUCCCUACAGUACCCAUAUGAUGCAAAUCCUCCUUCACAGCAUUACCCAUAUGCUUAUGGUUCAAACCCUCCCCCACAGCAAUACCCUUAUGGUAGUAACCCUCCUUCAGGGUACCCUAGUGGACCUUAUGGGAACCCUUAUCCACAACAGGCCCCUGUUUCUUAUGAGGGUUCUUCUAGUUAUGGUAGUGUGCCUGCUUAUGGUGAGACUGAGAAGCCCAAGAGCAGUAAGUUUGGAGUUGGGACUGGUUUGGCUGUGGGAGCUGUGGCUGGGGUUUUGGGUGGCUUGGCUCUUGCUGAAGGAGCUGAUUAUGUGGAAGAUAAGAUUGCUGAAGAUGUUGAAGAGAAGAUUGAGGAUGAUUAUGCUGAUCAGGGUGAUUAUGCUGAUCAGGGUGGUUAUGAUGACUAUGAUGGUGGUGAUGACUACUGAAAAAGUAGUUUCAAAUACAGGAAGGAAAUGCCUUUUAGUGUUUGAGGUUCUUUUGAACUAAGUUUUUUCUGAUCUGAACUUGUAUUUAGAUAAUAUGCAUUCAGUUGUUGGAGUCUGGUCUUCAGAAUAGGUCAUGGUUGAGGCUUGUUUUGUUUUAUUUUAGGGAACAUCUUAGAUCUCAUCUGUGAAUUUUGAUCCAUUGCAGUUUUCUUUUACAUGUAAAGAUGUUGGGAACUUUGGAUUUCAAAGAAAUUUAUAGUUGCUUACUAAAUUAUCUUUAAA